CCACAUAAUCGUAAAACUGAUAGAAACUUGUGCGGCCAAUAUUUUAUUCUAGUUUCUUCCUGGUUGAACUACUCAGUUAAAAUAAAAUGAAGAUAUUUGGGAAGCUUCUGAAAUGUGCAAUUCAACCACCUUUGACUUUUCGUUCUCUCUCUCUUUAAAUCUUGGUAUUACCGCAUAAAUUAAGGGGUUUAAAUUUCGAGCUUCUUGGAGUUGUCCUUUUCGUCCAGUCCAUAAUAGUUUCUAUCGCGGCGACCAAUACAAUAGUAACUUCACCCAGAACCUAAAGGGCAGCCAUCUGGAUAUUCUUCAGCCAUCCAACUUGACAAGAAGAUAUGUCAUCUCUUUGAAGAAACUGUUAAUUUUUGGAAUGGACAUUAUUUCAAAUCAUGGGUAACAAGCAACGAAAAUCAAGACGAAAAGCAUUGCAGUUGUGGUUUAGCAAAAGAUUAAGCAGAGCUGACGCAUCCCAUUUAAGCGAAAUUUCAGAUAACGAUGAACAGGAUGAGGAGUGCGUGGAUAGUCCCUUUGUUAGGUCAUUGGACAUGGGACCAUGCAUUCCAAACAAUGAAUUUAGAAUCUUUGUGGGCACAUGGAAUGUUGCAGGAAGAUCUCCUUUGGGAAGACUAGCUGUGGAUUUGGAUGAGUGGCUGAAUCUCAAAGAAGCAGUUGAUAUUUAUGUUCUUGGCUUCCAGGAAGUAGUCCCUCUAAAGACUAAAACUGUAAUUGGAGCAGAAGAUCCAACAGAAGCUACUAACUGGAACGUACUCAUCGGUAAAACUCUAAAUAGCAAGUAUAGUGGUGCCUGGUUAACACCCAUCAUCAAUCCAAUCUUCAAUGAUAAUUAUCGAAAUGAUCAAGCUGCUGCAUCGGAUAGUAGACUGAGGAGUGACUAUGAAAUAGCAACUGCAGCAAGAGGUCAGUCUAGAACUGAAAAUGAGCUCUCAGAUCGUGUUGGUAGGUACAAAUUGAUGGCAAGCAAGAAGAUGGUUGGUGUCUUCAUUAGUGUCUGGAUGAGAAAGGCAUUGCUAAAGAAAUAUUGUGUCUCAGAAGUGAAGGUCUCUUCAGUAGCUUGUGGCAUUAUGGGCUAUUUGGGAAACAAAGGAUCAGUCUCUGUGAGCAUGUCCAUAGGAGGAACUAGUUUUUGCUUUGUGGCAGCUCACUUAGCCUCAGGAGAAAAGAAAGGUGAUGAAGGGAAAAGGAACCAUCAAGUCUCAGAAAUAUUUAGGAGAACAUCUUUCCCCCGGCUGCAUGAAGACCGCAAUAAAAAUCAUCCUCUCACCAUCUUAGGACAUGACCAGAUAUUUUGGUUUGGAGAUCUCAAUUACAGAUUAUACCUGGAAGACAAUUUAGCGAGGGAAUUAAUAAAGAAGAAAGAUUGGAGUGCCCUGCAAGAGUUUGACCAGUUGCGGAAGGAACUAGAAGACGGUGGAGUGUUUCAGGAUUGGAAAGAGGGAAAUAUAGAAUUUGCACCCACAUACAAGUAUUCUUCUCCCAAUUGCAAUCGUUACUCUGGUGGACUCCCAAGCAGAGCGGGGGAGAAGCAAAGAACUCCAGCAUGGUGUGAUAGGAUCCUAUGGUAUGGUAAGGGAGUGAAACAGCAUUCCUAUUUCCGCAGUGAAAUCAAGUUCUCUGACCAUCGGCCUGUCUCCGCUUUAUUCUCUGCACUAGUUGAAGAUCAAAAGCGUGACCAUUCAAGUUUGGUUUCAUUUCCUCCCGUCCCCUCCGCAAUUCCUAGCAAAGCUGAAAAUAUCUGACUCAUGGUUUACUAUAGUUUCUUCUCUCUCUCUAGCUGAUUAUGGAAUAUUUUUUAACAUCAAUUUACAAGAGCUGAUUUACGGGGCAGGUUCAAUGCAAGUAAUAGAGACGCUAGAUCUCCACGCUUAUCAUUGAUUGUGAGGGAUAUAUAAGGAUCAACAAC